CAGUGAGCCAGGCAGCUGAGCCCAGCCAGUGUGCUGCCUGCUUCAGUGAACACAGCCCCGGAGCACAGACACACAGGCGCGGAAAGGUGAUAGAGCUGUCACAAAAAACGCUGGAUUAUUACAGUCGCUGACGGCUGGAUCACCCCCUCGGCCCGGUGGUGGUGAAGAGGAGAGCCACAGUCAUGUUGUCCUAGCCGGUCCAGAGAGAGCGUUUACCACGACCGAGGUGUUCCCUGUGUGUGUCCAACAUGUCGGACAAGAUGUCCAGCUUCCUACACAUUGGGGACAUCUGCUCCCUGUAUGCAGAGGGAUCCACCAAUGGUUUCAUCAGCACCCUGGGUUUGGUGGAUGACCGCUGCGUCGUCCAGCCUGAUGCGGGGGACCUCAACAACCCUCCAAAGAAGUUCAGAGACUGUCUGUUCAGACUGUGUCCCAUGAAUCGCUACUCGGCCCAGAAGCAAUUCUGGAAAGCGGCGAAGCCUGGAGGGAACACGGACACAGUGCUACUCAACAAGCUCCAUCAUGCGGCUGACUUGGAGAAAAAGCAAAAUGACUCUGAAAACAAAAAGCUUCUUGGAACAGUGAUUCAGUACGGGAAUGUCAUUCAGCUCCUCCACCUGAAGAGCAACAAAUACCUGACAGUGAACAAGCGUCUGCCCGCGCUGUUAGAGAAGAACGCCAUGAGGGUGAUGUUGGACACUGCUGGAAAUGAGGGCUCCUGGUUCUACAUCCAGCCAUUUUACAAACUGCGCUCCAUCGGGGACAGUGUGGUGAUUGGGGACAAAGUGGUGCUUAACCCAGUGAAUGCUGGUCAGCCCCUGCACGCCAGCACACACCAGCUCGUGGAUAAUCCAGGAUGCAAUGAGGUGAACUCGGUCAACUGUAACACCAGCUGGAAGAUUGUGUUGUUUAUGAAAUGGAGCGACAAUCAGGAGAUCAUCCUAAAAGGGGGUGACGUGGUACGGUUGUUUCACGCAGAGCAGGAGAAGUUCCUCACCUGUGAUGAUCACAGAAAAAAACAAUAUGUGUUUCUCCGCACUACUGGGCGGCAGUCAGCUACCUCGGCAACCAGCAGCAAAGCCCUGUGGGAGAUAGAGGUGGUGCAGCAUGAUCCAUGUCGAGGGGGGGCAGGCUACUGGAACAGCCUUUUCAGGUUCAAACACCUUGCCACUGGACACUACCUGGCUGCAGAGGUGAAUCCAGAGUAUGAAGAGGAGUGUCUGGAGUCCCGCUCCUCACUGGACUCGGAGCAGGAAGCCUUACGGGCCCGUUUGAGAAACAUCCAGGACAAAGUCAUGUACACCCUUGUGUCUGUCCCUGACGGAAAUGACAUCUCUUCCAUAUUCGAGCUCGACCCGACCACGUUGAGAGGCGGAGACUCGCUGGUACCCAGGAACUCAUAUGUACGCCUCAGGCACCUGUGCACAAACACAUGGGUUCACAGCACCAACCAACCAAUCGACAAGGAGGAAGAAAAGCCUGUCAUGCUGCGCAUCGGCACCUCAGCACUGAAAGAGGACAAAGAGGCUUUUGCCAUUGUGCCUGUCUCCCCGGCUGAAGUGAGAGACCUUGACUUUGCCAACGAUGCCAGUAAAGUGUUGGCCUCUAUUGCUGGAAAGCUGGAAAAAGGAACCAUCACACAAAAUGAGAGGAGAGCGGUAACCAAGCUUCUGGAGGAUCUGGUGUUCUUUGUGGUGGAUAUUCCAAACAACGGACAGGACGUUCUUGAGAUAAUGGUCAACAAACCCAACAGGGAGCGACAGAAACUUAUGAGAGAACAGAAUAUUCUCAAACAGAUCUUCAAGCUGCUGCAGGCUCCGUUCACAGACAGCGGGGACGGUCCCAUGCUGAGACUGGAAGAGCUGGCCGACCAGCGUCAUGCCCCCUUCAGACACAUCUGCCGCCUGUGUUACCGGGUUUUGCGUCACUCUCAGCAGGACUACCGCAAGAACCAGGAGUAUAUCGCCAAGCAGUUCCGCUUCAUGCAGAAACAGAUCGGCUACGACGUCCUGGCAGAGGACACGAUCACAGCUCUGCUCCACAACAACCGCAAGCUGCUGGAGAAACAUAUCACUGCUGCAGAGAUCGACACAUUUGUUAGUCUGGUCCGCAAGAACCGUGAGCCAAGGUUUUUGGACUACCUGUCAGACUUGUGUGUGUCAAUGAAUAAGUCCAUCCCUGUGACACAAGAGCUCAUCUGUAACGCAGUGCUGGAUCCAGCUAACGCAGACAUCCUCAUAGAAACUAAACUCGUGCUGUCAAGAUUUGAGAUUGAGGGAGCGCCGCUUGGGGAGAACUCUGUAGAGUCAGAGGAGGAUGAGGAGGAAGUGUGGUUGUUCUGGAAAGACAGUAAUAAAGAAAUCCGCAGUAAAAGCAUCAGGGAGCUGGCCCAGGAUGCCAAGGAGGGCCAGAAGGAGGACCAGGAGGUGAUCAGUUAUUACAGGUACCAGCUGAACCUGUUUGCCAGGAUGUGUUUGGACCGCCAGUACCUGGCAAUCAACAAGAUCUCUGGCCAGCUGGACGUGGACCUGAUCUUGCGAUGCAUGUCAGAUGAAGACUUGCCCUACGAUCUGCGAGCUUCCUUCUGCCGAAUGAUGCUGCACAUGCAUGUGGAUCGUGAUCCACAGGAACAGGUCACGCCUGUCAAAUAUGCUCGACUGUGGUCUGAGAUCCCCUCAGAGAUUGCUAUUGAUGAUUAUGACAAUGAUGGAACAUCUAAGGAUGAAAUCAAGGAGCGAUUCUCUCAGACUAUGGAGUUUGUUGAGAACUACCUGAGAGACGUGGUGUGUCAGAGCUUCCCUUUUGCAGAUAAAGAGAAGAACAAGCUCACGUUUGAGGUGGUGAAUCUGGCCAGAAACCUGAUUUAUUUUGGCUUCUACAACUUCAGUGACCUGCUGAGACUAACCAAGAUCCUGCUGGCUAUUCUAGACUGUGUCCAUGUGAGCACAGUUUUCCCUUUCAACAAGAUGGACAAAGACGAAGAAAGUAAAGGCAGCAAUGUGAUGAGGUCCAUUCAUGGAGUAGGAGAGCUGAUGUCCCAAGUGGUACUGAGAGGAGGGGGCUUCCUCCCCACAACUUCAAACACCAGCUCCAGUGGAGAAACAGUCAAGACCCAGACUGAACCGGAGAAACAGGACAUACUGGUCAUGGACACCAAGCUCAAGAUCAUUGAGAUCCUGCAGUUCAUCUUGAACGUCCGCCUGGACUACAGGAUCUCCUGUCUGCUGUCUAUAUUCAAGAGGGAGUUUGAUGAGAGUAACUCCCAGAGUGAAUUAUCUGUAGCUGGAGCUGUGGAAGGGCCGAACAACAUGCCAGGGGCUUUGGAUUUUGAGCACAUAGAAGAGCAGGCAGAGGGUAUAUUUGGUGGAAGUGAAGAGAACACCCCACUGGACCUGGAUGAUCAUGGUGGCCGCACCUUCUUGAGGGUCCUUCUCCACUUAACCAUGCAUGACUAUCCUCCUCUGGUGUCCAGAGCCCUCCACCUGCUCUUUAGACAUUUCAGCCAGAGGCAGGAGGUCUUGCAGGCUUUUAAGCAGGUCCAGCUGCUAGUCACCAGCCAAGAUGUGGAAAAUUACAAGCAAAUAAAGUCAGAUCUGGACCAGCUGCGCUCUAUUGUAGAGAAGUCUGAGCUCUGGGUGUACAAAAGGCAGGGGCCAGACGAGGGCAUGGAUGCAGGAGAGGGGCUCUCUGUUGAGUCAGAGCAUAAAAAGGGUGAUUCAGGGGGUGCAGAUAAACCAAAGAAGGCAGAAAGCACCAGCAGCUACAACUACAGGGUGGUAAAGGAGAUCCUGCUGCGUCUCAGCAAGCUGUGUGUUCAAGAAGGUCUGUCAGGUAGGAAGAGUAAGAAACAGCAGCAGAGGUUGCUGAGGAACAUGGGGGCUCAUGCUGUCGUCCUCGAGCUCCUGCAGAUCCCCUAUGAGAAGGGAGAAGAUUUGCGUAUGCAAGAUAUCAUGAAGUUAGCCCACCAGUUUCUACAGAAUUUCUGUGCAGGAAACCAGCAGAACCAAGCCUUGCUGCACAAGCAUAUCAAUCUGUUCCUUAACCCAGGGAUCUUAGAAGCCAUCACCAUGCAGCACAUCUUCAUGAACAACUUCCAGCUGUGCAGUGAAAUCAAUGAACGUGUGGUUCAGCACUUUGUCCACUGCAUCGAGACACAUGGCCGCAACGUCCAGUACCUCAAGUUUCUUCAGACUAUUGUCAAAGCAGAGAAUAAAUUCAUCAAAAAGUGUCAGGAUAUCGUCAUGGCAGAGCUGGUGAAUGCCGGUGAAGAUGUUCUGGUCUUCUAUAAUGACCGCGCUUCCUUCCAGACACUCGUCCAGAUGAUGCGCUCAGAGCGAGACCGCAUGGAUGAGAACAGUCCUCUGAUGUACCACAUACACUUGGUGGAGCUCUUGGCUGUCUGCACUGAGGGCAAGAAUGUUUACACAGAGAUCAAGUGCAAUUCUCUGUUACCGCUGGAUGACAUUGUGCGGGUGGUGACUCAUGAGGACUGCAUCCCAGAGGUGAAAAUUGCCUAUAUCAAUUUCUUGAAUCACUGCUAUGUGGACACUGAGGUGGAAAUGAAGGAGAUCUACACCUCGAACCACAUGUGGAAACUCUUUGAGAACUUCCUGGUUGACAUUUGCAGAGUGUGCAACAACACAAGCGAUCGUAAACACGCAGACACCAUAAUGGAGCGCUAUGUGACGGAGACGGUCAUGAGCAUCGUGACGACUUUCUUCAGCUCGCCUUUCUCUGACCAGAGCACCAGCCUGCAGGCCUCUCUGUUGGGGAAAAUAUUUCAGACCAGGCAGCCAGUCUUCGUGCAGCUGUUGCAGGCAGUAUUCAGGGUCUACCAUUGUACCUGGUUGAUCCCAAUCCAGAAGGGAUGCGUUGAAAACUGUAUCAAAGUGCUCUCUGAUGUCGCUAAAGGCAGAGCCAUAGCCAUUCCUGUGGACCUGGACAACCAGGUGAACAACCUGUUUGUGAAAUCCAACAACAUUGUCCAAAAGACAGCCAUGAGCUGGAGACUUUCUGCUCGCAACGCUGCCCGUAGAGACUCUAUGGUGACCGCUUCAAGGGACUACAGGAACAUCAUCGAGAGGCUUCAGGACAUAGUGUCAGCUCUUGAGGACCGUCUGCGGCCAUUGGUCCAGGCUGAGUUGUCAGUUCUGGUGGAUGUGCUGCAUCGGCCUGAGCUGCUCUUCCCCGAAAACACAGACUCGCGCAAGAAGUGUGAAAGUGGGGGUUUUAUAUGCAAGCUGAUUAAACACACCAAACAGCUGCUUGAGGAGAACGAGGAGAGACUGUGCAUCAAAGUUCUGCAGACCCUGCGAGAGAUGAUGACAAAAGACCGUGGUUAUGGAGAGAAGCUCAGGGCCUUUGAUGAUGAGAUGGAUAUGCCUAAGCAGCUGGAUCAGAACCAGCCUGAGAAGCUGCUGGAGGACCAAAAGAGGGGCGAGGCACUGAGACAGAUUCUGGUGAACCGUUACUAUGGCAACUUUUACCGAAGUGGUGGGCGGAGGGACAGCCUGACGUCAUUUAGCAAUGGCCCCCUCAGUCCAGUAGGACCCGGCAAAAACCAGUCAGCUUUAGGGGGUCCUGGGGGCCUGAGUCGCGGGGAAAUGAGCCUGGCGGAGGUUCAGUGUCACUUGGACAAAGAGGGAGCCUCUGACCUGGUCAUCGACCUCAUCAUGAACACCACCAGUGACCGAGUCUUCCAAGAAAGCAUACUCCUGGCUAUUGCGUUGCUGGAAGGUGGAAACACUACCAUCCAGCGUUCGUUCUUUUGCCGUCUGACAGAGGACAAGAAGUCAGAAAAGUUCUUCCGUGUCUUCUAUGACCGUAUGAAAGUGGCCCAGCUGGAGAUCAAAGCCACAGUGACAGUAAAUACCAGUGACCUGGGAAACAGGAAGAGAGAUGAUGACAGUCAGGACAAAGAUGUCCCUGUCCGUAAAAAAGCCAGAGACUCAGCGGUGGUCAUGACAGAGGAUGUGAGGGAGCAGCUACUAGAGGCCUCUACUGCCACCAAGAAGGCCUUUAACUCUUACCGGCGUGAAGCAGACCCCGAGGACCACUUCAACUCAGCUGACGGCCAGUCCAGCUCCGGGGACAAGAACCAGGACGAGGGAGAAAUGAGUUUUGUAAUCAUCAUCAUGCAGCCCAUCCUUCGCUUUCUUCAGCUGCUUUGUGAGAAUCACAACCGUGACCUACAGAACUUCCUUCGCUGUCAAAACAACAAGAACAACUACAACCUGGUGUGUGAGACUCUGCAGUUCUUGGACUGUAUCUGCGGCAGCACCACAGGGGGUCUCGGUCUGCUGGGACUCUACAUCAAUGAGAAGAAUGUCGCUCUUAUCAACCAAACCCUGGAGAGUCUCACAGAGUACUGCCAAGGCCCCUGCCACGAAAACCAGAAUUGCAUCGCCACACAUGAGUCCAAUGGAAUUGAUAUCAUAAUCGCUUUGAUCCUUAAUGACAUCAACCCACUUGGGAAAAAACGGAUGGACCUGGUGCUGGAGCUCAAGAACAAUGCAUCCAAGCUGCUGCUCGCCAUCAUGGAGAGCCGUCACGACAGUGAGAAUGCAGAGAGGAUCCUCUACAACAUGAGGCCCAAAGAGCUGGUGGAGGUGAUAAAGAAGGCGUAUCUACAGGGAGAGGUGGAGUUUGAGGACACAAAGGAGGAGGAGGAUAACGGGGAAGAGGAGGAGCAUGAUGCCGCUUCACCACGAAAUGUCGGACACAACAUCUACAUUUUAGCUCAUCAGUUGGCGCGUCAUAAUAAGGAGCUGUGCAAUAUGUUAAAGCCAGGAGGGGCCAAUGGAGAGGGGGAUGAGGCCUUGGAGUUCUACGCCAAACACACAGCUCAGAUAGAGAUUGUUCGCCAGGACCGCACCAUGGAGGAGAUAGUGUUCCCCGUGCCCAACAUCUGUGAGUUCCUAACCACCGAGUCAAAGCUGCGAGUCUACUACACCACAGAGAGAGACGAGCAGGGCAGCAAGAUCAACGACUUCUUCUUGCGAGCAGAGGACCUGUUCAACGAGAUGAACUGGCAGAAGAAACUCAGAGCCCAACCAGUGCUGUACUGGUGCUCCAGGAACAUGUCGGUGUGGAGUAACGUCUCCUUCAACCUCGCCGUGCUCAUGAACCUGCUGGUCUGCUUCUUCUACCCCCUAGAGGGGGUUCAUGCAGGUAUGCUGGAUCCCCACCUGUCUGCGUUGCUGUGGAUGGGAGUUUUGGCAACACUGGUCAUCGUUAUCAUCAUGCCCCAACCCCUGGGCAUCCGUGCUCUCGUCAUCAUCACUAUACUUCGUCUGAUCUUUUCCGUUGGCCUGGAGCCCACCCUCUUCCUACUGGGUGCUUUCAAUGUGUGCAAUAAAAUCAUCUUCCUAAUAAGUUUCGUGGGGAACCGAGGAACCUUCACCUGGGGCUACAAAGCCAUGGUGAUGGACUUUGAGUUCCUCUACCACCUCAUGUACCUCAUCAUCUGCUCUCUGGGGGUGUUUGUCCACGUCUUUUUCUACAGUCUGCUGCUGUUUGACCUGGUGUACAGAGAAGAGACUUUGCUGAAUGUAAUAAAGAGUGUGACUCGCAACGGACGCUCCAUCGUGCUCACUGCUGUCCUGGCGCUCAUCUUGGUCUACCUGUUCUCCAUUGUUGGCUACAUUUUCUUUAAAGACGACUUCAUCCUUGAGGUGGAUCGGAUUCCAAACACCACUCUGAAAAAUGGAGCCAGUCUGGCCAGUGAGUUUCUGUCUGCCGGAAUCUGUCAGGGAGGGAUUGAUGAGAACUGCACCACAGAGGCCCCACAGGAAGAUAUUGGGAAUGACAGUGAAGAGGACAGCGACAUGGAGCGGACAUGUGACUCUUUACUGAUGUGUAUCGUCACGGUGCUGAGUCAUGGCUUAAGGAGUGGAGGGGGUGUAGGGGAUGUUCUCCGCAAGCCUUCCAAAGAGGAGCCAUUGUUUGCAGCCAGGGUGAUUUACGACCUGCUGUUCUUCUUCAUGGUCAUCAUCAUUGUCCUUAAUCUCAUCUUUGGUGUCAUCAUCGACACAUUUGCUGACCUGAGGAGUGAAAAACAGAAGAAAGAAGAAGUCCUAAAGACUACCUGCUUCAUCUGCGGCCUGGAGCGGGACAAGUUUGACAACAAGACAGUGACUUUUGAGGAGCACAUCAAAGAGGAGCACAACAUGUGGCACUACCUGUUCUUCAUUGUGCUGGUAAAAGUUAAAGAUUCCACCGAAUACACAGGCCCCGAGAGCUACGUGGCUGAGAUGAUCAUGGAGCACAACCUGGACUGGUUCCCACGGAUGCGCGCCAUGUCACUGGUGAGCAGCGAUGCGGAGGGCGAGCAAAAUGAAAUCAGGAACCUGCAGGAGAAGCUGGAGUCGACCAUGAGGCUGGUUGCCAACCUGUCUGGGCAGCUGACUGAGCUCAAGGAGCAGAUGACAGAGCAGAGGAAGCAGAAGCAACGAAUCGGUCUUCUUGGUCAUCCCCCUCACAUGAACAUCAACCCCCAGCAGCCUGCCUGAGGGCCAACGUGGCCAGUUUCACUGGUGCCUGAGCAACUCCUGUGCGCCACAUGUUGACAGGAGAAUGCCGAAUCAUGUCUGUCUCUGGUAUGUAUUUAGGUCGAUGUCUGACUGUACACUUCACCAGAAACUCCUACAAUAAGUGUUUCGACAUCAUUUGCUCCUAAGUGUGAAGUGAGAGUUAUCUGAGUAUGUUACUCGCAGUCUGUAGUGUGGAUGUGUCUGUGUGGGUGGACUGUGCACCAAGUGCCUCGGGUCCUGAGAAGCAGUCCUGUGGGUUUAGGAGAUGAAAACACUGACUUUAGCUUUACUACCCCAAAUGCCUUCUGCAUUGUGACAGAAUGCCAAAGUUCAGCCAUUGUUCCUAAAGGGGGUGUUUCUCUCAAGUGGCCUUUUUUUGAGGUUUUAAUCCUCAGCGUUGCACCAGCGAACUCAGGUCACACGUGGAUUUGAAGGUUUGUAUGAAGUAUAUAACAUUAUUUAAAAUAUCUGUCUGACAGCAAUAGAAAUACUUAAUGAUAUGCAAUGUCUAAAUAACUAUGUUUGGGAACUGGUGGUUUUAUAUUUGAUACAUGGAGACUAACACCUGUAAACAUUUCUGAAGAGGUCACCAUACUUUUACAAAGUUUCUUAAUGCUGUUAUAACACCUAAACAGUGCCCCCUCCCCCAUUUAUAUAACUUUCACAUCAUUUUGCAAUCUUAAAUGAAGGUUUUAGGACUCUGAGUAAAAAAAAAGGCUUUGGGGGGGGGCGUUGAAACUUGUUAAAAGAAAUAGUAUUGACCUGAUUGACCUGUAAUACCUUUUUUAUAGCUAUUAUUUUGAAUAAUGGACCAUAUGAACCUACCAGGGAGAAGGAGCAAAUCAUGUGACAGCUUCCCUCUGAAGCUGGUUCCAUGUUGUGCUUAAUAGUAGUAGUUAUAUGGAGUCACAUUGUUAGCAUACUUUAGAACUAAACUGAUAGGAUUCUUCUUUCUCUGCACUGAAUUAUGUAAUCUUCCUUUCAUUCAUUUAAAGCACUGAUAUUUUCUGUAGCACACAAAUGAUUGUUACGUCACUUUGAAAAAAGACCCACUUGAGAAUGAUUGUUUGAGUGUUUGAGCGUAUGCGAGGCAGGAUAAAAAAAGACCUAAUAGAUGUUAUUUGGAGUGCUGCUUGACCAAACUGAACUUUUAUACUAAUGGAUGGUUUGUGUCUGAAUUGUACAUUCCAUUCUUGGAGUCUAUUUAAAUAAACAAGCGUGUAAAAUAAUCUGUUGAGUGCAUCGGUAUGGAAGUGGAGGCAAAGGCCAAAACACAUGCGAGACUAAAGAUAAUGAGGAUGUCGCCAUUAUUAUCUGCUUAUUGGCUGACAGUUUGAGUAGUGUCAUUGUUGCAGUCAGAUGAAUGAAGAGCCUCACAGAGAAGUGAAUUUGGGAAUUGCCAGCAGAAGAAUUCUGAAAUCUAAUCUGUGGCCCUUUUUAAAUGAGGAAGUGUACUUAUCUUAUAACCAUGUUUCAUGUGGAAAUAUGUUAGCAUGAUGAGUACACACUGGGGUUGUGCAUUUUUAGCUUUAAUUUGACCUUUUGGGACUUUGUCCCAGCACACAUGGACCUAUAAAGAUUUUUUUUAAUGGUAAAAUAUUUUAUUUUGAUUUUCUGAAGACUAAAACAAAUGAAAAUGAAGGAAAAUGUAUAACAAACAUACACUUUGCAUCGCCAAGAGAAUUUUAUCACCUACAAUAUUUUUUAAUAGUCUAUUGUAAAACUUUUGACAACAUAACCAUUUAAACGCCUUGCUAUUUGUCAGGCAGCUUCUUUAUCACCGAAGUUAAAACAAUAUUUAGUAGCUCAUGUUUGUGUCCAAUUUAAUCAUUUAGUAAACAUAUUAACACUACUAAUCUUUUUGUCAAACUUUUUUAUUUAUUUAAAUAAGUAUGUAAAAAAAAAAAAAAAAAAAAACAGUCAAAAGACAGUAACAAAAAAAAAAGAUUUGCAUAUCCUAGUUUCCAGUAAUGCAGGAUGAGCAUUAGAAGGAUUUUAAUGCUGUGUAAUGUUUCAAGAUUGCAGCUCUUCCUCAGACUUCUGAUAAACAACAAAAAAUCGCCAUCUUAAAAAACCAUGAUGCCUGUACAAGACUUAUGACACACUUCACCUUUUGCAAAAAUUCAUCAUUAAAUAAUUGUAAAUGAUACAUUAUAUAUUACUCAUGUACAUCAAUACCAUGUCAAGGCAACAAGUAUACAUUAGGUGCAAAAAAAGGUACAUAAAGAAAAUACUGGUAUUUACAAGGACGAAUCGUGUAUUUCCCACAAGUUAAGUACUAAAGUACUAAAUAGCCAUAUGUGUCCUAAAUGCAUAUAACAAACGCACCUGAUUUGCCACCUGUCACUGGUCACAACACAGCAGGAAAAUAUUCAUUUAAGCAUAUACACAAAUCUAGGCCACACAUGGAUGGAUUACUAAAUGGGCCUACCAGCCACAGGCCAAGGGGCUCGCAUAAAGAGACCACAAAGAACCCACAAAGAGUCACAAAAUAACCACAAAAAUGGACAAAACAACCUCAAAGAGUCACACAAUUACCAAAAGAGACAUAUUUACGGAAAAUACACACAGUUACCUCAAAGAGACACAAAACAACCACAAGGAGAAAUAAAAUAACUAUGGAAGACACAAAACAGCCAAAAAGGGGACACAAAGGAACACAGUUACCCCACCCCCACCCCACCCCACCCCAAAAAAAAGACACAAAAUGACCCUAAAGAGACACAAAACCAGCUGUCUGUAUGUCUUGGGGCCUUUUGCAUAACUGUUUCCAGAUGCCCAUUUGCUAAUAGACUGUCCAUGGCCACACAUACAUAAAUAAAGGUACAAGAAGAGAAUCAGUUUACAAUAUAUACAAAUAUACACAUCAUAUACCCCCAAGGCUAAAUAGCCAUCAUGCACUAUCUAUUAUUUAUGCUGGAAACAGGACAAAAGGUGUUUUCCCACAAUAUUCUCCAAGAAUGUCACAAGUGAGUCAAACAAAUUAUCCCAUUACCAUGCCAUUAUCAGGAUUUCUUAAAAUCCAACUCAUUCCUAAAUUGUAUUAAAUUUGCCCUGGUGUUCUUCAAGGGGGCUUUCCAUCAUUGUUUUUAUUUAAUUAUAGUUGCAUCAGCGUGACCUGUGUUAUGCUCAUUUUGUAAUUACUGGAUCCUGUAGCCCCCUAUUUGUAUUUAAUCCACUAAAAUUAGGGAUUUUUUUAACAGAGCUUUAGUUGAACUUGUUGAAUGAGGACCCUUACUUGUUGCUGUGAAGGAACUUCUUUUCUGCUGCUGCUUUCCUUACGUCUUUUUGUCAGAUAAAAUAGAUGGAUAGUCCAAAGAAACAAGUUCCUGAAGAUAACGGAAAAAUGUCUAAUAUAAAUGUGAAGAAAAAUAAUCACCUAAAAAACACCCUACAUAUAUUUUAAUUGAAAAAACAAACCUGUAAGCAUGAGUCAAUAUGAUUCAGUCAUUGCAAGGAUUUGGCUAAAUGUGAUUUCUGGGCAAAAAUCCCAGGAAACAUGGUCAAAUGAAAAAAAAUUUUUUUUACAGCUUUUCUCCUAACACACCAUAUUCCUGCUGUGAUAUAAUUGUUUACAGCUUCACAAAAGACUCAGUCACUGUAGCUUCAUAAGGAGGUCAUCAAUCCACAUUCAAUUUAACCAGCAGAGGAGCAAAUUAUGGAUUUUAACAGGUAUUUUGAAAAAAAUUGCAAAGUAUUGCACUUUGAUUAUUGUGACCCAAAAAUGAAGCCACGUGUCUUGUUUGCAUGUGACAUAACUGUUGGUAUAUUAGGGUGAUUAUCCAUCAUUAAUAACUGUUUUUCACAGUUUCUGGCUGUUAUA